AAUACAGUUUUUAAAUGUAUCGAAAGAGCGUCCGGCUCUGACAGCACGGCUGGAAUCAAUGACAGCGCCGGGAAAGUUUGUCCUCAAGCUGCCGGGUUGCGCUCUCGGUGUCUCGGACCCUCGGCUCUAAAAUGGCUGGCUGUAGGUCCGAGGAAGCUCCGGAGCAAAGGGAAGGAUCCGCUCCUCACUGCGACUGUCUGUAAAUAUUCACGUUUCUCCACUCGGAGCGACGUGUUAGCAGUGGCGUUGUCCCAGGUCCGAGAGCUGUCACACGCAUCAUAAUAAUAUUGGCAUUUCGGACCUAGGACUGUGCGUAAUGGCGUCCUCCACGUAGAGUGCUCCUCGGUUUACCCCCUGACAACAGGCUUGUAUUUUUUAAUCAAAAAGAAUAUGAUUAUGUGCCAAAGCUACAUGAAACGUUGUAUUAUUUAUGUUGCAUGUGCAUGGUAGAAGUAUGAGAGAGGGGAAGUGUUAUUUCGCUCACAGCAGUCGGACCCAGCUGUGCUCCGGUGCGUUUCUCUGAAUGAUCGGCGAACCCUCGGUGAGAAAUCCGCUGAGCUAUAAUUUCGGAUCAUGCAAGAAAUAUAAAUGGGUAUGCCCCAAAAUGGAUUCUCAGUUGGCUUCAGUCCUGACCAGUGGCAGCCUGGAUGUCCAAAAUGGCAGCCAGUGUGCAGAGGGAUCAGGGCCAGAGGUGUGUGUGGACCCAAAAGAAAUAAAGACCUCCUCCACUGUACCAGGUAACCCCGAGCCAUGCCCUGUCAGAGCAGCAGUGACCACCAGGCAGGAUGCUCCAUCAAUCAAUGGGAAUAAGCCAGAGGUGGGCGGGACUUCUAAGCCAGCCUCUCAGGAAACAAGGAAGAGUGGUGGGUUCAGACAUCCAAUCACAGUGAAGACUGGAGUGCCUGUGUUGGGCAGCCAACCAAUCAGAAUCAAAAUUGUUGUUCCCCCACGGUGCAAGAGGCCAAUCACAAACUCUGCCAUCAGCCUUACCAAAGACUUUGCUCGCUCACAUUUAAGACGACCUGUUUCUAUUUCAGCUGGAGCAGAAAAAAGCAGAUGUAAAAUCUUGAUAUCUGCUGUUAAGAAUGAAGGAGAAAUCAAGGAAGUUAUUAAUCAUAAAACUGAGGAAGCUAAGCCAAAAUCAUUCCAUGACACAGAGGCAGAGAAAGGGGAAAGAAUCUGCAAAGAGAGACAUGUUUGGGGUGUUAAAAUCAUUCACGCUGAUGGGUCUGAGACUCCCUUAAUCUCAAGCUCUGACCCAAUUAAAAUAUUGAGCCUGAAAGGAAUAAAAGAGGAAACUACAGAGAGAGAAAUUGAGGAAAGUUUUCCUCUAGUUUUGCAAGAAAUUGAUUUAAAGUUGUGUAAUACGUUAAAUGAGGUGGGAACGGAGGAACAGACAGAACCACUGGACCUGAGUCUGCCGAAUAAAAGAGAGAGAAGGUGCGAACGCUUCCUGGAUGACUCUGGCUGCGAGAGCUCGUUGAUCAUGGAGGUGGAUGAAUAUGAGGGAGAAGGAGACAGAGACAUAGUGGAAGAGGAUGAGGAUGUUGAGUGCUCUGCGCUUCGUAUGGACGCCACAGAUACACUGGACGACUCUCUCCUGUCUCCCUCUUUCUUCUCUUCCUCUGUCUUCACCUCCCUCUCCUCGAUAGACACUGAAAACCUCCUUCUCAUAGACGACCUGGGAAUCCCGUACACGCUCAGUCCGGACGGGCUCAAAGUGCCGCAGGUCGAUGCGUCAGAGUCAGAGGAUCAGGCAGAGGGAAUGGGGUCACCACUAUUGGCCACAUUAGCGAAUCCUAGCCUCAGCCAAAGUGUAAAUAAUGCACUAAACGCACCUUCUGAUCAUCUUUACACCUCUCCAGCCCCUGGUUCUCCAUCACUAAGUGUUGAUCAGACUUCAGAAGUCUUUCCACGUUUGAUUACAAACUCGGAUCCCUGUAAUGCAGCGGAGACAAGCGUUAAAUCUGUUCAGGAGGCUAAUGCUGUUAUAUCAAUCCCCCCCCAGCCCCUUCAGAUCCUCACCAAUCCUUCUACUAACGCUCCUAUCCUCCUCGUGUCCUCCUCUUCCUCCGCUCAGGUGGGUCUCUCUCUUCCACUUUCAGUUACUCAGACCACCCCCGGUGCUUCCACCCCCAUGUUCCUUCUCCUGUCGUCUGUACCCUCUUCCUCUGGUGACUCUACCUCCACCCCUAUCGCUGUCCUGGACCCCUACACGGGUCAGUUGUCCCAGAUCACCGCGGCCUCAGCCCCCGUCUCGCUCCCUUUGUCCCCCGCUCUGCCCAUGCUGUCCCACCCUGUCAUCAGACUGAGCCCCAACCACCCCCCUGCCAUCCUAUCAGGAGCGACCAACGUUACCUCUGUCCUCGCCUCCCUCUCUGUCCCUUCUCCCUCUCUUCAAAACGACCGCCUCACCCUUCACUCUCAAAUCAGCUCUUCCGAUUCCAACCCUGGAAGCGAAGCCAUAUCCUCUGAAGAAGUCUCAAGUGAAAUCCACAAGCCAUCAACUUUUACAGCAUCCUCUCCUCACCAACAGUCUGCUAGUUUGACCUAUGUCCCCUUAGCUCAGCCCAGCUCUGAGGCCCAAUCUCCAGCCUCAGAGUCCAGGUUUGACCCCUCUGACCUGCACUCAGAACAUUUACCUCUGGACGACCAUCUUUACUUCUCCAGCGCUGCUCCUCCCUCCCCUCCCAUUGGACCCAUUCUCUCCUCUGAUAAUCUGGACCCCCUCGACCCUCUGGAUCCUCUCUCUCCCGAGGGGUCCCAGGACGACAUGGGCGCUCGCAGGGUGCUGUACUGCCAGCUGUGCCCACGGGUCUUCUUUUACCUCUCUGACCUUGAGCGCCACGCCAUCACGCACUCGCAGAAGAAGCCUCACGUCUGCCAGCAGUGCGGCAAAGCAUUCAAACGCUCCAGCCAUCUGCAGAGACACAAGCACAUCCACACAGGCCAGAGGAACUUUGUGUGCCCGAUCUGCUCCAAACGCUUCAGGGAGGCCGGCGAGCUGCAGCGCCACCAGAGGGUCCACACCGGAGAGAAGCCCUACCAGUGCCAACUCUGCCACACGCGCUUUGCCGAGCGCAACACACUGCGCCGACACACCAAGCGCAAACACCCCUACCACCAAGUCGCCAUGGAAAUGCUGAACGAGAGAAGGGACAGAGGAGAUGGAGGAGGAGGAGGAGUGCAGGAGGAAGAGGAGAGCGCUGAAUGGUAUAGCUCCACUGUGUCUAUUUUAGAUCAUUCAGAGUCAGAGACGGAAACUUAAAAGAGUUUUCUGCAGACUCCAAAAACAAGGGAAGGAGGAAGAGGGGGAUCAUAUGUAACAUUGCUUAAACACUUAACUUUCCUUUCAAAAAGGGAGCACUUGCAAUAUCUAUUUUAAUGUUGUUUUAAUUUAUUUAUAUGAAUGUGUAUUAUUUCCAUUCCACUUAGUGGUAAAACUUCGGCCUUCAAAGUCAUUAAUGAUUUUGAUAUGAGCUUUCCUGUAGAGAAACAGUGAAAUACAUUUAUAUGUAAAUGAAAGGGGAAGAUUAUGCCUGAAAUCAUGGUUUUUAAGAGUAUAGAAUAUUGAUUCGACUGCUAACAUGCCCCCCACGAUGUUGCAUUCCCAUACAGUCCAUUACAAAGCCCUGAAGUGCUUGAAAAGAAGGAUGACUUAUUUACUCUAUACGAUCCUCUGCUCUAGUUGUGUAAAUAGAGAUGCAUAUUUGUACUUCUGCACUACCCUAUGUGAAAGAUGUGAUCUAUCUUUCUCACCGUCAGAGACACUGUGAGUCAUUUGCACUUAUUUUAUUUCAAUAUUAACAUUUUGUACAUUGUGGAUGAAAAUGCCAUGUUAUCUUGUGUUGCACCUGUCUAUUUGACUUAUUUGAUUCAUGUGAGAGUUUUGACCAAAUGUUUUUGAGCUAUUAUAACACUUUACUUACAUUUUUUGUUUAUUGUAAAUUAUGUUUAACUUAUUUAAAUUAAAUUUUGUCAACUGUAA